AAUUUACCCCGCUUCUGCCUGAGCCUGCCAAUACAUACAAUCAACCUGAAUAUCCCCUUCAAGAAUCCCGUCAGCAGCCAUCACCUCCACACACUCACCAAAAGCUACACCUAUCCAACAUGCCCUCCCGAAAAUCCAGAUCCAACCCCAAAUCCAACCUCCCUCGCAACCGCUGGUCCAUGUACCCAGCCCUUCACAGCGACGUCCUCAACCACCUGAGCUCCUCCCUCCCAAUUACCUCGCUAACCUUCCACCCCUUCGACGACGCCAGCAGCAGCAAAAAAGAAUACGACACGAACAUCAUGGGCCGGUUCGUUUGCUCGAAUGACUCGUGCACGUCAACCGGGUGGACGAGCAAGAAGAUCGCCAUCACGAUCCGGCUGUACACAGACGACGAGUACAAUGCACGGGUGUAUCAUCAGCGCUGUAAGAAGUGUAAUUCGCUCAGUCGGCCGUUUUUGGAUGAAGAUAGCUAUGCGGAGAGGAUUGCGUAUCGCAUGAAGAAGUGGUAUGGGGUUGAUGUGGAGAGGCCUGUGUAUGAUGAGAGGAAGAGGACCAAGCCGCAUAAUAGGGAGUUGUGUGAGGGGUGUAAGGCUGGGAGGUGUUCAUUUGCGGAGGAGGUGUGGGAUGAAGAUGAUGAUUGGUAGAAAGGGAGGGGUUUGAUUGGUAAUGGGAUUGGUAUUUGGUCAGUCUGGUGUUAUGUCACAUUAAGUAGGAGCAUGGGAUGUUGAGCGAUAUUUGCAAUGACAAUGACAGACAUGAUACAGUUUGCUUGGGUACAGAGUGCGCAGUAAUUAUGAAGCACUACAGCGAUAGAGAAGUACUUCACUGAUCCUAAUUUUGAUGGUAACGACUAAGCACCUCCGAGCAAAUCAAAAACAGAUAACAAAAGGUGCCUUUCAAUCUUAGGAGGAUGCUUGUUCAGCUUCAUAGCUGAGAACACAGCCAUCUGGGCUCCACGCACGCUAUACUCCAUGCUC